AUGUAUGAAGAUCAGGAAUUUGUCGAUGGUAUCCUGAGGGCUGCUGAGCAAGAAAAGGCUUCUGAGUACGCCGCUAGCCACGGGAUUGACGUUACCCAGGCCAAUUGGAUGGCCCUCAAGGAAAUGUCCCAGCAGGGUCAACAUUUCGACCUUCGCCUAGCUGGCGGCGUUUAUCGAUUCGCUUCUAAUACCCUCGGCUUCUCGGAAUUGCUUGUCGAUCCCAGUACCAGAAUGAUUUACUUGGACGGCCAAGAGGCUGAUGGACCUCCCAGAGUUCAGGCCAGCAAUGUCACUUUCUCAACAUCCGCUGGGACAAGCUUUGAGAUUCAAUUUAAAUGUGCUCCAAUAGUAGGAGAAAGGCCAUCUCCACCGGCUUUCAAGGGCACAGUGUCACUUUCAGACAAUCAAAAGAAGAUUAGUAUUAGCGGAGCGAAAUACUAUCUGUGGGGAAACGUUGCCAACCCUGAAGGUAAUGCAGGUGAAGACUACGUGCCCGAAGUCGACCCGCAAAUAUCGGAGCAGCAGAUAUUGGCCGCGGAGAAAGUGCGGGAAGAUAAGGCAGUCAGCUCCAUUGCUUUCUGCCUUGACCUUGCAACAAAGCCAUACACCCAUGAUGUUCAACUCAUGGCCGCACCAGACGGUUGGGGUGACGUUUAUCUUGAAGGCAUUCAUGUAGGUCUCAGCGUCGCUGGCGCAGCUCUUGGAGCCUUCGUAGCCGGUCCAGGAGGGGCCGCCAUUGGUGCCGCCGGGAGUCAGUUCUCACGGAUUCUCACCGCCUCAAUCAAGCAGGCCAUCCACAGCAGGAUGAGCCGCAGAUUGCAAAACUACAUCACCCAGUCUGAUGUUCAACUGAAAGAGAUGCUUCGAGACAGAGCAAAUUAUUGGGUGCAGAAAAUCAAGGAGGAGGAUCUCGAUGACAAAGAAAACGUUGACAGGGUGCGCAAAGAACUCGCUAAAGAUUACAAACUACGUUGUCGGGAUACUUUGCGCAAGGAAAUUUUCUCCAAAUUCUUUACCAUGCAUCUUCUUUUCGGGGAGGAAUUCAUCAAAGUCUUCAAGGACAAUACCGCUACUAAAUUCGAGACGGAUGUGAGCAAGGAGAUGAUCGACAAGGUCAUCACAGUCUACAUCAGGCAACGGCAGUCUGCGCGAGAUGUCCCGUCUUGGAAAAACAACAUCCGAGAGCUGAGAGAGAAUUUGCGAAUCCAAGAGGGCAAGUUGAGAAAGGAAUUGGAAGACAUUGAAAAUCGACCUGACAAGGACGGGAAAAAUGCGAAGGAACGAUCAGAGAUUGAGAAGAGAUAUGCAGAGGAACGGCAGCGAAUCGAAAGGGAGAUUCAAGACAAUGAGUCUCGCGUUGCUGAUCACGAGUCAGGGAAGCAUGAUAGAGAGAUCACGGAUAGAUUAGACGAGGCAGAGAAGGAGGCAAAGGAGUAUCGAGAAAGAGAGAAAAGAUCCCAGGACGCAUUACGUCGUCCAAAGAACAGGAAGCUAAAAGAGUGA